CGCGAGGCUCAGCCGCCAGCCCCGAACUCGCUGCUCUCUCCUCGGCCGAUUCGCCACGGCGCCGUGUCAACCACGAAAAUUCGAUUUCUAGAAUCUCAGCGAGCAUUCUUGGACAGAGACGCAGAAGCAGGAGAGACACUUCAAUUUUGAAAAAAAAAAAUUUUUUUUUCUCUUUUCGGUUGUGGCGUUCCCAGUCUCUGCACUCUGCGUCGAAAGCGACGACGCGAACGCGCAGACGUCGGCGCCGCGGCGCCCGCCCCCUCCGGGAGUCCGACGUGGAAGUUGCCGGCGCCCCGGGCUUGCGUGGAGCGGCCAGCCGGGGCUGAGGCGAGCGGAGGCGGCGGCGCCGAGCCGGGACGAGCACCUGCUGCUGCUGCUGAGGCCUGGGGCCUGGCUCCGACGACCGGCUCACCAUGGGUGGCUUUUUCUCAAGUAUUUUUUCCAGUCUCUUUGGAACUCGGGAAAUGAGGAUACUGAUUCUGGGACUCGAUGGAGCAGGAAAAACCACCAUUUUGUACAGACUGCAGGUUGGAGAAGUGGUUACCACCAUUCCUACCAUCGGAUUUAACGUAGAGACCGUGACGUACAAAAACUUGAAGUUCCAAGUCUGGGAUUUAGGAGGACAGACAAGUAUCAGGCCGUACUGGAGGUGUUACUACUCAAACACAGAUGCAGUCAUCUACGUGGUGGACAGCUGUGACCGAGACCGAAUCGGGAUUUCCAAAUCCGAGCUGGUUGCUAUGUUGGAGGAAGAAGAACUGAGAAAAGCCAUUUUAGUGGUAUUUGCAAAUAAACAAGACAUGGAGCAGGCCAUGACUCCCUCAGAGAUGGCCAAUUCCCUUGGGCUUCCUGCCUUAAAGGAUCGAAAGUGGCAGAUAUUCAAGACAUCAGCGACCAAAGGCACCGGCCUGGAUGAGGCCAUGGAAUGGUUAGUUGAAACACUGAAGAGCAGACAGUAACUUUCGCUGUAGGUCCUCUGACGUGGAGGCUGCGUCACCUCUCUGCAAGCAGCCCAGUGUGCCUUGCGCUACCUAAUGCUGUACCUGUGUGAUUGUUGGCACACCUUGAACUGACUGCAAUGUUUGUAAUAAACAAAGAAUAAGUAUUUGGUUGGAGGGGUAACUCAAUUGAAUCACCUGAAGUUGAAUAUAAUGUAAAAUAUUCCUUCCUUGCUUUCAUGUGUUCAGAUAUAUAUUCUAUUUGUAUGGAAUUCUUAUUCAGAUACAGUCCUAUUAAAUACACUGUAGUUGGGGGGCAGUAUCCUAUUUUUGAAAUAGUGGUUGUAGCUUGUUUAUAUGAACACUAACAAAUAAACUCAGAUUUUUUUUUUCCCUUUAAAAUGAAUUAAGUCUACCCAAAGGGACGUAGUGUGUUACGGUCUUUAUUUGAUUAUAGGCAUGAAUAUUACCUUGGUGGUGGAUUUUCCUGUGACUAUAAUUUUAUAGUGCUUUAUAGCUGCCAAACAGCUUCACCCACAUUGACCUUGUGGAUUUGUCCAGGGGUACUGGGAGGCAGCUGGGCAGGGUCACGACUGCACUGUAGGAAGCGCACCCAGGGGACCGGCAGGUUCGCUGUUCAAGGCCGCCUGCCAGCGAGGUGGAAGUAAAAUGGCUUUAAGUGAGACUUUCGGGUUGUCCAUUCUAGUAGAAGUGAUUAAUGACAUUGUAAAAACAACCCUGAACAUUUAAUGUUAAAUGGAUUUAACAGCGUGUUAAGACAAUUCCUAUUAAAGGACAUUUUUGAGAAAUCUUA